GAAGAACGUUUGACCCGGCAGCUGAUGACGUGUGUACGUCCGUGUGACGCCGCAGAGAUCCGCCGGCCGCACCGUUCUUUCUUUCACAGUUUUCCCAGCAGCCUCUGGGGGGCGACAGCAGAAGAGAGGAAACAUGUCAGACGAGGAGGACUUGGCUCCAGCCGUGAAGAAGAGUCGUGUUUUCUAUGGAAGCCUGGAGGAAAAAGAGCGCGAGCGUCUGAGCUCAGAGACGUCCAAAGGAAGUGAUGCAGUGAAGGCUGGGAUCGAGGCGGGAAACAUCAACAUCUCGUCAGGAGAGACUCUGGACCUGGAGGAGCGGGUCAGCGAGCGGCAGCAGGAAGCGCUUGCUGCAUUCGAGCGGCGGCGGCGAGCACGACAGAUCACCGUCUCCACCGACGAUGCCGAGGUGAAGGCCGGCCUCCGAGCGCUCGGAGAGCCAAUCACGUUGUUCGGAGAAGGACCAGCUGACCGCCGGGAGAGGCUGCGCAGUGUUCUGUCUGUCGUCGGUCCCGACGCUCUGAAGAAGUCCAGGAGAGACGAAGAGAGAGCCAAGAGAUCACAGGACGAGUGCCAGCAGACAUGGUACCACGAAGGCUCCGCCUCCCUGAAGGACGCUCGCCUCUGGUUGGCCAAAUACUCUCUGCCACGGGCGAUGAGGCGUCUGGAGGCUGCACGCUGUCAAAAGGAUGUUCCUGAGGCAACCAGGGCGAUCCGGCAACAAGAGCUGCACAAGAGCCUGAGGAAUCUCAACAACUUCUGCAGUCAGAUUGGUGAUGAUCGACCAAUCAGCUUCUGCCACUUCAGCCCCGACUCCAAAAUGCUGGCCACCGCCUCCUGGAGCGGUCUGUGUAAGCUGUGGUCCGUCCCUGACUGCAACCUGAUUCGUACACUCAGAGGACACAACACCAACGUGGGUGCAGUCGUAUUCCGCCCGCAGGCUGGAGUCUCUCUCGACCAAUCAGAUGUCAGCUUGGCCUCAUGUGCUGCCGACGGGUCUGUAAAGCUGUGGAACCUUGAGAGUGACGAGCCGGUGGCAGACAUCGAGGGUCACAAUGAGCGUGUGUCGCGUGUAUCCUGGCAUCCUUCAGGAAGGUUCCUAGGAACGACCAGUUAUGAUAACUCGUGGCGUCUGUGGGAUCUGGAGGUUCAGGAGGAAAUCCUCCACCAAGAAGGUCACAGCAAAGGAGUCCACGACCUCCACUUCCACCCUGACGGCUCUCUGGCUGCUACUGGGUAAAAUGCACACUCUACCAAAAACUCUACUACAC